GGGCCCAAGAUUUUGUUUUCGACGCUAGUUCAGUUCUCCAGUGAUUGGCGCCUGCACCGGAGCUGUCAGUUGGGGCGGAGCUUAUUUGUUUGUGGAAAUCUGCUUGCGGUGUGGGAGAAAGUGAAUGUGGGGCGCCUUAAUACUCAUUCACCCCGAGUGCCCUGCUGGCUGUGGAACUAUAUUAUACAAAUGGAAUUAAAUAUGCCGACAUAUAACGAUCAAAUAGAAGAACCAACAGAUGGUCUGCUGUUAAUGGGCAAACUAAUGCAAGGAGAGUGGAGUAUAGAGCAUGAAGAUGAAAAACGUGACCAUUCUAGUGAGCAUUCCCUAAGCAGAGUUCCACUCGGGCUCACUUUGGAAGAUCUUGAGCAGUCCUGUAAAUCCAGAGAGAACCUACUUAGAAGCAGGAACACAGUUUCCCAAAAUGCUGGGAACUCUCUAAGGACAUUCAAAGAUAAGCCCACCAACUCACAAUCUGGAUCAUUAAUAAGAAACACAGAACAACAAAAUAGACAAUUAAAGGAAAAACUUAAUUUUCUUCAAGAACAAAAUGCAUCGCUGGUGUCCCAAAACCACUCUCUCAUGAAUAAGAUUGACUGUGUACAGACAGAAUUAACAAAGUCCAGAUCUAGAAUCCGCUAUGUUGAGUCUGCAAUUGGAGCAAGGGCAAUGAGAUUACCUGAUCUGGAGGAGCGGAUACUAACCUUGGAAGCCAAAGCUGAUGCUCAAGAGAAAGCCCUUAGAACUACUGAAGAUCAUUUAGAGCACAGUCGGCAUAUCUUGGCUGAAAAAGAGAGGAUUCUGCAAAUGUUUAAAGAAGAGAUGAAGAAGUUGAAAGAAGAACUGUUUGCAUCCUGUAGGUUAUGUAAGAGAACUGAAAAACAGAGAAACGAGGCACUUUUUAAUGCUGAAGAACUUACAAAAGCCUUUCAACAGUACAAAAACAAAAUGACUGAAAAAAUGGAAAAGGUUCAGGAAGAAGGGGAGCUGCUAAAAAAGAAGUUUUCAAACUGUGAAAAAGAACACGAUGCUUUGCAGCAAAAAUGUGUAAUGUUGGAUACUGAACUGGAAAAGUCAAGGGAUGCCUUAAGAAAUUUACAGUCAGAAAAUAUAAACAGCCAAGAGAGGCAUCAGUGUGUUGAAGCCAAAAAUGUAGAACUUAUUUCUCUGUUAACACAGUCUAAUCAGAGAAUUCUUAGACUUGAAAGUGAACUUGAACAUAAAGAAAAAGCACUCCAAGAAAACAUGGAUGAGAACAAAGCAAUGAAAGAUUGCCUCGCAAAGUCCAAACAGUCAGAAACGAUCUCUGAUCAGCCAAAAGAACAACCUGCAGAUUCUGCUUCUGAUGGCAGUGGAAAGCUUAUUGCAGACCUAAGGGCAAAACUGUUGAUCAGAGAAGCAGAAAACAAAGAACUUCAAGCUGAACUUGUAAACAAGAAGUUACUAACCAACCGCUAUAGAAACAGUCUAGAAAAGAAUUGUUUGGAUGCACUGGAAGCAGAACCAGUGAAACUGAACCUACAAAAUACAGCGGAAGAAAAAUAUCUGCAGCUUGAGCUCCUUUGCAAGCAGAUUCAGAUGGAUAAGGAAAGACUUACAGACUGUGUGAAAGAAUUACAAGGGAAACUCGGCAAAGCACAGAUUGAACUCACCAACACAAAGCUUUCCAUGGAACAGAGAACCAGCCAGUUUCAGCUCAUACAACAGGAAUUGCUGGAAAAAGCAUCAAAAACUACCAAGUUAGAGCAGGAAUUGGUAAAGAAACGCAUAAAGAUCAGUGCUCUUCAGAAGCUAGUGGAAGAGAAGAGCCAGGUUUAUUCUGCUGCUGAAGCCAGGAAUGCUGGAUUGGAAGAAAAGCUGAAGAAUUAUAAAGAUCAAAUAGUCAACCUGGAAGACAAUAUUAACAAAGAACAUGAAGAGGUCCUCUUGGCAUUGGAAAGAUCUAAAGACCUCCAUCAAGAUCAACAGAAGGAAUUGAUGAAACAGAUAGAACAUCUUCAGCUUCAACUAGAGAUGAAAAAUCUUCAUGCAGGAGAACAAAAACAUACAAUAACGAUCCUUCAGCAAGAGACAUUAUCGAAGGAACAGCAGCUGGAAUCCGUCAAUCAUCUGUUAACACAAGCAAGAAAGGAACUGGAUAUUCAGACAAAGAAUACAAGUGCUGCAAUGAAAAGUCUACAAAAUCAAGUUGAGGUAGAAUCUGCUAAGGUGAGCCAGCUGGAGUCUGCACUGACAGUCUGCAAAGAAGAACUGGCCUUGUACUUGCAUGAAUUAGAGGACAACCGAGAGCAAUUUGAAAAUCAAAUUAAGACAAAGUCUGAAGAGCUGUGGUGCUUGCAAAAUGAAAUCAAAUUAAGAACUCAAAGCCUGCAGGAAACAAGUGAGGAAAAUGUGCGUUUGCAACAAACUUUACAACAGCAGCAGCAUAUGUUACAACAGGGAACUGGACGCAUUGGAGAGCUGGAGGACCAUCACACAGAGUUAGAAAAACAGGUUUCCAAACUUGAAUUUGAACUUGAGAAGCAAAGAUCAAUGUCAGAAGAUAUGCUGCAAAGGACAAAAGAUUCACUGCAUGCAGCCAAUAGGGAAUUAGGUUUGAAAACCGAAGAAGUGCAGGAGCUCUGCAGCACAUUAAAUCAGGUUAAACUUGAACUGAAACAUACCAAUGUGACGCUGCUGCAAAUGGAAGAAGAGCUGGUCUCCUUAAAAAACAAAGAAGAAAAGAAUGCCAGCAUGUUAAAACUGCUGCAGAUGGAUAUGCAGAAAACUCAAGUGGAACUAGAUAAGAAAGCAUGUGCUGUGCUAGAGUUAGAGGAGAAAUUGCACAUUGCUGAAAAGGACAGUAAAAGAACAGAAGAGAUGGAGACACAGCUGAGUGGCAUGCAAAAGGAAUUAGACGGCUACACAAAACAAGUAGAAGAACUACAGGAAACACUGACAAAAACCCACUUGUCUGUGGAGGAGAAACAAGUAAUUAUACAAGGCCUUACAGAAAAGCUGAGAUCAUAUAAACAAGAACUUGAGGAGAGAGACCAUGAAGUGCUUGAUAUGGAUCAACUGCUAAAAGAUAGGAACUGGGAGCUGAAACAGAGAGCUGCGCAAUUAACCCAGUUGGAUAUGAGUAUUCGGGGACACAAAGGAGAGAUGGAACAAAAAAUUAUAAGAUUGGAAAGUGCUUUGGAGAAAGCUGAAUUAGAAGCCCGGGACCAUAUUAAGGAGAUAAGCUCUUUAGAUGAAAGAUUGCAACAAGCAAGAGAUCAGCUUUGUGAAAAAGAAUUUGACUUGAUGCAAAAAGACCAAAUUAUAAAUCAACUAAAGAAGGACAUUGAGAGAAGUCAUCAAACAGUAACUGAUAUGGAAAAGACUUUAAAAGUGCAGGAGCGACGUAUCUCAGAAAAGCAUCAAGAUGGUGUGGACCUCAGCAAACAAGUAUGCCUUGCACAAGAACGAAUGCAGCUCACCCACCAGGAGCUCUUAGAAACCCGACAACAGUUGGCUGAGGCUCAGAAAGAAUCAGACAGGCUUGCACAAAAGCUGGAAGGAAUGGAUCUCAUUUCCAAAGAAAAGAUACAGCAUUUGAAGCAAAAGUUAGAAGAAACAAAUGACACCGUGUGCAAUCUAAAGACAGAACUUCAGGCAAGGAACGAGGUCAUCAAAGCAACAAAUGAAGUAUUGAUACUAAAGGAAUCUGAGUUAACAAGACUGAAAGCCCGGAUUUCAAGCUAUGAAAGAACUUUAGGCCUAAAGCAGCUGUCGGACACUACUGCACUCCCAUCAAUAUCUUUCACUGAUCCCCACCCUCUGGAUUCAUCUAAACAUCCUGAGGCUUCAGACUUUAAAAUGUGGCACAUCAGUCCCUCAAUCAGUGCCAGUAAUCUAAGUCUGACCGACAUGAGCUCUCUGGAGUUGCCUAAAAGCAUGUUGGAAGACCUAAGGAACCUGGCUCCUCCAGACUCUCCACCAAUGAAAGAUACUAGUGAGGGGGUGUCUUGUGUUUCCUCUGAUAGUCUGAACAAUUCUUCAUUUAACCCUCUUACAUACGCAUUGGAUGAAAACAGUGAUUUUACUGACUGCCCAGACCUAACAACUCUUACUGGGAUGCUCAAAUACAUAAAGAAAGAGAUGAGAUUAUCUGAAUAUCCACAGGAACACAGCCCCAGCAAGGCUGCUGGGAUUGAUGGCGGAUCCUUAGGAUAGCAGGAUUGAUCUACCCAUUAUGAGCGAUGGACACUGGAAGGAAAUACAGGCAGAUGAUCAUUUUCUCAACUAUCUUUAGCAAGGCUGCACUUUUAUUAUUUAUUUGUAUCAUAUUUUCUUUUAUUUAUAUGUUUGCUGUUCUUAUAGAUGUUUGUGAUAUCUACUGUGUGAUAAUUUUAUACCAUAAAUUGUGUAAAAAAUCUGAAAUAAAAAUGAUCCAAAACA